CGUGACAGCGGUCUAUCAUAUUCACUCGUCAACCGUCGUCGCAAAUCAUUAGUGUUCAGACUUAGUUAUCUCUUUGUGCAGUUUAUAUUGCAACUAGUCAUCGUUUUUACGCAGAGUCCAGUGCAACCAAAGAAAUCAACAAUGUUCUCCAAAGUAGCAGUUUGCUUUGCUUGCAUCGCCGUAUUCGCGGUCCGUGCUCAGUACUACCCGUCCGCUGCCGUGGUUCCCGCCGCCCCGGUCGCUUACCCCGCUUACCCAGCGGCCGUCUACCACCCGGUCAACCCGAACCCGUCGUACGCUUACAAGUACGGCGUGUCCGACCCGGCCACCGGCGAUUACAAGACAGCCGAAGAGAGCCUGUCCAACGGCGUAGUCCAAGGACAGUACAGCCUGGCCGAACCCGACGGCACCGUCAGGACCGUGUCGUACACCGCCGAUGACGUAAACGGUUUCGUGGCCCAGGUCACUAAGGGCGCCAAAGUCGUCGCCCCCGCUGCCCCGGUGUACGCGGCCCCGGCCAAGGUGUACACCGCCCCGGCCCCUGUUUACACCGCCCCAGCUCCGGUAUACUCCGCCCCGGUGUACGCACCCGCCGUCCACGCCCCGGUGUACACUCCUGCCGUUUCGUACCCAUUCCCGUACAAACGUCAAGCGUAAAUGAACGACGAACCGUUUUUGAAAAAUGUAUCAUCGUAAUUUUCACUUUGCGUCAAUCGCAUUAUUAUUAUUGAUUAUUAUCAUCAUCAUCAUUAUCGCCAUCAUCAUUGUUGUCGUCAUAGUUUGCUGCAAUGCUGUUACUAGGACGACCUACUCGCGACGUUACUUCAUCUUCGUACAUCGUCUUUUCUAUAUUCGUUUUAUCUUUUUCUGUUUGUAUAAUAUUUAGUUUCCUACUUUGUAAUAUUAUUGUUUAUGAUGUAUUGUUAUAACCACGUUAAAAAAAAUACAAUAAUUAUGAAUAAUA